UAUUGUGUAGAAGUUGUCAAAUGUCGUUUAUUUUUCGUAUAAAUUAAAAUUUAUCAAAAAUUUAUUUAAUAAGUCUAGUCAUUAGUGAUUCUUUUAAUACUGGUAUAAAGUAAAACGUUAGUUAUUUAUAUAUUUAAAAAAAACUGUCGAAAGAUAUUUACAUCAAACAGAGUUUACGAUGGCGUUCAAGAUGAACUACAGUUUCGAAGGAAACACCAAAACCAGACCGGAACAAAACCUAUCUGGUGCCAGUAAGAAAUUAACCAGGGAUACUUUGCUGCAAAAAACUCAGGAAGAGAGACGCAAAAGACAGGAACAAAGAUUGAAAUUGAAAAGUGCAGAAUUUUUACAAUCACAUAUACGUAGCUACCUAGUAAGGAAACAUAUUAAAGAGCAACAAAGAAACGAAUAUAACCAAUUAGCUAAUUCUAUAAGCAUCUACGAGAAGCUCAAAAAAUUGCUCUUCUUUUAUGACUCUCAAACUGAUCCUUUUAAAUUAUAUACAUUAGCUCGAGAAAUAUUAAGAAUAGAAAAUGAAAUAAAUCCAAUUUUAUCUACAAAUACUCAAUUAUGUUGGACUGUAAAGAGAUUUUUAGUUUUGUGCAUGAAAAACUUUCAAAACAGGGAAAUGACGGAAGUUAUGCUCAAGUGUGUCACUGCGUUUUCCGAUAAUGCUGAAAUUAUUUUUUAUUUAAUAAGAAAAGGAUAUUACAGCUACUUGAGAAUGAUUUUUGAUAUCCGUCUAGAACAAUAUUUACAAGAAAUCAUGAGUUUAAUAUACAGACCUUUUAAGUAUCUUAAUGACUUAGGACCUUCUCAAGAUUUAGUGCUCACCGAAUUUUGCAAUGACUUCUUAAAACCAACAAUAACAAGUAAUAUUAAGAUGUAUCUUAUACCAUAUUUAAAAGAGAAAUUAGACUCUGUAUAUUAUGAUAAACUGAUUAGAUAUUUGAAUAGCAUUUAUUAUAUCAGUAAUGGAAACAGCAUAUUUUACUGUAUACUUGCAUUGGAGCCUCUGGAUUAUGAGCCAAAUUAUGAUAGUAUACAGGUUUUGUCUAAGCUGAGUCGAGGUAUGUACAGGCUGAAACCUUCAUUGGAUUUGACAGAAGACAGUGAUUAUGACGAUGACGAUGAUGACUGCAUUUUAAUAUCAGACGAUGAACUUUUGCUGUCAGAAUAUUUAAAUAUUCUGAAUAAUCCAAACAAAGUCAAAAAAUGGUUACAUUUGUUUGAAUAUAAUUCAGAUGAUGACAUGAUGUUAUCAGCUUAUAUACAGUUUUGCCACAAUCUUUUGCUGGUUUAUAAGGAUUCAAUAAGAAAAUAUUUGUUGUUAUAUAAACUAGGUUUGAGCAGCAUAUUUUUGAAGAAAAUAUGGAGCACUAUAUCCAAAAAAAGAUCCAACGAUCUUCAAAUUAACUGUCCAUCGCUAGUUUCUUGGAAAGACUGUCAUACUCAGCUCUCAGUUUUCUGUGAUAUGUUUACUUUUUAUACAGAGACUUUGACAGACAAAGAAAACUCUGAUACUAGUGAGACUUUUACUCAAGAUGAUUUACAUAUGAUGUCAAAACUGUUAAAAUCCACAGCCAUAGAUUUGAUUGAGAUUGCUUUUCCUAUGUGCAAGCAGAGUUCGGUAGCGGUAACACCUGAAAUAAGUCAUCUGUACCAGUCGUGUCUGAACUGCGUCAAAAUGUUGUACACUCUGGACAUGAGAAAGCAGUUUUGUCCUCCAGGCUUUUGGAUCGCCAAAAAGGUGCCCAUAUCGUUGUCAGACAUUGCUAAAAAGAAUUAUCUACACAAAACAAGCAUACCUUUUGGUGGUAUAGUUUCUACCUAUGAAGAUGAUACUCAACUGCCUCCAUUAUCGACCAUUGAACAAAGAUCUUUAGCAAUCUUACAAGAACUACCGUUCUUGGUACCAUUUAAUACAAGGGUACUGCUGUUAAGGGAACUAUGCAGAUAUAGUUUAGGAGAAAACGAGUAUCAGAGAAUGCAUCACGAGCUUAUGAACGACAGUACUGUGGUUAUAAGAAGGAACUACCUUUAUGAAGAUGCCUUCGAGAAAAUAUCUCAAAAAAGUGAAUCUGAUCUGAGACACAGGCUCAGAAUACAAUUUAUCAAUAAUGUGGGUCUGGAAGAGGCUGGUAUUGAUGGUGGAGGUAUAUUUAAAGAGUUUAUAAAUGAGGUCUUGAAGACUGCAUUCGAUCCAAACAGAGGGUUUUUCCUGAUGACUGCAGAUAAUGCUUUAUAUCCCAAUCCCAAUGUGAACCUGAUUGUUGAGAAUUUUACAGAGCAUUACAAUUUCAUUGGAAGACUAGUAGGAAAGGCAAUUUUUGAAAACAUUUUGGUUGACUUACCUUUGGCCGAGUUUUUCUUAGCCAAGCUUUUGGUAGACAGGGCCAGUGCUUGCUAUUUGAAGUCACUGGAUCCCGUCCUAUACAGAAACUUACUGUAUCUCAGAGAUUUCAACGGAGAUGUCAGCGAUUUAGGACUAGAUUUUACCACAGUUAACAACGAUCUAGGAGAAACGAGAAUUAUGGACCUAAAACCAAACGGUAGAAAUAUCCCUGUCACAAACGAAAAUCGAUUAGAGUACAUACAGAGAUUGGCUGAUUUAAAGUUAAACGGUCAAACUAAGAGACAGUGUGUGGCAUUUAGAGAUGGACUAAAUAGUGUCGUACCUUUACUUUGGCUCAGACUAUUUAAUCAUAAAGAACUGCAAGUCAUCAUUGGCGGAGACACUCAGGAAAUUGAUCUGGCCGAUAUGAGAGCUCACACUGUAUAUUCAGGCGAUUUUACGGCAGAACAUCCUACAAUGCUGAUGUUCUGGAGAAUUCUAUAUAGUUUUACGGACAUUCAGAAAAGACAACUUUUGAAAUUUGUAACAAGUUGUUCCCGACCACCUCUAUUGGGUUUUAAGGAAUUAAAUCCACAAUUCUGUAUUCAGUCUUCUGGAACAGAGAACAGGAUGCCUACAGCAAGUACUUGUUUAAAUCUUUUAAAAAUUCCAAUUAUUAAAGACGAGGAAACAAUGAGAUCCAAGAUAUUGGGUGCAAUAGAGCAGCAAGCUGGUUUUGAACUGUCUUGAAUAUAUUGAUGUAUAUAUUUUUUUGUUGUGUAUAUAAAGAUUUAUUUAAUUUC